GCUGAGUGACCGGAGGAGUCACCGUUAUGUCCCAGGCCGGUGUCGAUCGGCUCCUGAGGGGGCUCCAGCUAUUGCUGCUCGUGCUGCGGCUCAGCGCCGGCUACUUCCCGGAAGAACGAUGGAAUCCGGAAUCUCCGCUCCGCAAUCCGACCGUCCUGAUCGCCCUGUUAGCCCGGAACUCCGAGGGUUCCCUUCCAGAAGUGCUGGGAGCGCUGGACACGCUGCACUACCCGAAGGAGCGGAUCUCUUUAUGGGUUGCCACAGAUCAUAAUUUGGACAACACCACCGAGAUCUUGCGGGAAUGGCUGAUCAAUGUGCAGAAUCAGUAUCAUCACGUGGAGUGGAGACCUCAGGAGCACCCGAGGUGGUUCAAGGACGAGGAAGGCCCCAAGCAUUGGUCGCAUUCCCGGUACGAAUAUAUCAUGAAGCUACGACAGGCGGCUCUAACCUCUGCCCGAGAGAUGUGGGCUGAUUACAUUUUUUUCCUGGAUGCCGAUAACUUGCUGACAAAUCCCGAGACUCUGAAUCUUCUUAUCGCGGAGAACAAGACUGUAGUGGCCCCCAUGCUGGAUUCCAGAGCUGCGUAUUCUAAUUUCUGGUGUGGCAUGACAACACAGGGUUAUUACCGGCGCACCCCCGCAUAUAUGCCAAUCCGCCGAAGAGAGCGCCGGGGUUGCUUCCCCGUCCCCAUGGUUCACUCUACGUUUCUGAUAGACCUACGUAAGGAGGCUUCCCAGCAGCUGAACUUCUACCCACCUCACGCCGACUACACGUGGGCAUUUGAUGACAUCAUCGUGUUUGCAUUUUCCUGCAGGCAGGCAGACGUACAGAUGUUCCUUUGUAAUAAAGAGAUCUAUGGGCAUUUGCCAGUCCCUCUCCGCUCUCACGGGACUCUCUUGGAUGAAGCUGACAACUUUGUUCACACCAAGCUGGAAGUUAUGGUGAAGGGCCCCCCGCUGAAUCUAUCAAGCUUUGUGACCAUACCUGAGAAAGUCCCAGACAAGAUGUCUUUUGAUGAGGUCUUCCUCAUUAACCUGAAGCAUCGGCAGGACAGGAGGGAACGCAUGAAGAGGACACUGUACGAGCUCCAGAUAGACUAUAAGCUGGUAGACGCCGUGUAUGGAAAGACCCUGAAUCAAUCCCAGGUCUCUGAAUUGGGCAUAAAGAUGCUCCCUGACUACAAAGACCCUUACCAUGGCCGCCCUCUGACUCGAGGAGAGAUGGGCUGUUUUCUCAGUCACUACAACAUCUGGAAGGAGAUCUCCGAGCGCAACUUGGCGGUUUCAGCAGUGUUCGAGGAUGACCUUCGUUUUGAGAUCUACUUUAAGCGGCGGCUGCAGACGCUCCUGCAUGAUCUAGAGACAGCCAAGCUGGACUGGGACCUCAUUUACCUGGGCAGGAAGAGGAUGCAGGUUGAUGAACCAGAAGAGCCUGUGCCUGGAGUCCGUAAUUUGGUGGUAUCCGAUUAUUCCUAUUGGACCCUGGGGUAUCUGAUCUCCUUGCGUGGGGCAAAAAAGCUGCUGAAUGCAGAACCUCUUGUGAAGAUGCUGCCUGUAGACGAGUUCUUGCCAGUCAUGUAUGACAAGCACCCCAUCUCUGACUAUUCCUCCCAUUUCUCCCCUCGAGACCUUCUGGCUUUCUCAGUGGAGCCUCUCCUUCUGUAUCCCACCCACUACACUGGAGACGAGGGCUACAUUAGUGACACGGAGACCUCGGUGCUGUGGGACAACGUGACGGAACCCACCGACUGGGACCGAGCAAAGUCGCGCAAGACACAACAGCAGGAGAAGCUGCGCAGCGAGGCUUUAAACUCCCCUUCCUUGGGCUCCCCUUUUGACAACACUGCCCGGGAUGAAUUAUGACGGCAGCGAAGGGAACGACCAUAACAAGAGAGGUACGGCCCAGCCGGAUAUGGAGCUCACUAACAGCAGAACCAGAGGAUCGUAGACUGAAAAGGCAUGAAAUCCCAUAAACAUUUGAUGCCAAAAGGAUGUUCUUUGCCACCCACCUUCUACACUUACACACACACUGUCACACACUAACCAAGUACAAGAUCCCGCCUAUCAAUUGAGCUGCCCGACCACACGACAGGGUGUUUUUAAUUAUUAUAAUUAUUAAUAUAUUGGGAUGAACAAAGGGGACAUCCCAGACGGCAGCUUACCCUUCUGUAGACCGAAGACACAAAUGCACAAAACAGAUCUUUUAAGAGGAGACCUCGAUUCCAGGUUAGCGUUAGCAGCUAGGAAUCCACAGGGUACUUAACUACUGCCAUAUUACUAUAAUCAUUAGCAGUUUGAAUGUUAAUACCCCAUUUUUUUUUUUUAGCCUUGGUUGUUAUGGAGAUUGUACAACAGAUGAAGCAUAUAAUAUUUACACCAUUAGAACAGCAAUGGCUUGCAUUAAAGGAGAACUAAAGCUUAACUAAAGAAGUAGCUAGAAAUGUUGUACAUUAUGUUUUGUGCUUCUGUACCAGCCCAAGGCAACCACAGCCCUUUAGCAGUAAAGAUCUGUGUCUCCAAAGAUGCCCCAGUAGCUCCCCAUCUUCUUUUCUGCUGAUUCACUGCACAUGCUCUGUGCUGCUGUCACUUACUGAGCUUAGGGACCCACUCACACUAUACAGUACACAUAGAAUAGAAAUGUCACAAUAUAAGGCUGAUUAGUAAUUAAUACAGAUAAUUACUACAUGGCAGCACAGAAACCAGUGCAAUUAGCAUCAGAAUUUAAUAAUCUGCAAACCUGUAGCAUCAGCUUAUAUUACAGGGAAGCUCAUUUUCUGCUGGAUAAUUAGUGACGAGCCCUAAGCUUUGCUUCUCAACAGCCAAUCAGAGCCCACUGAGCAUGUGAGUGUCACAGACACUUUCCAAGAUGGUGACCCCCUGUGACAAGUUUGAAGUCCUGGAUCAUUGCUGCUAUUGAGGAGCUGAAACUUUAGGCUGCUGCAAUAAGUUCACUAUAUAAAAUAUGGCAUUUUUAACCAUAUUAAUUUUUAGAUUUUAGUUAUCCUUUAAGAAUAAUGUGUUAUUGUCAGUCAAGGUCAGUCACUAAUAACUGCCUAUAUAUGAACCUCCUUCAUAUAGCUUUCCAGCUGUUGGCAGACUGUACCUCCCAGAAUCCUCUAGGUCAGAGCUGUCCUUCAGGCUGAAUUUGGAUUUAAAUAUAAUAUGAAUAGUGGAGGGCCUGAAUAGAAAAAUGGGUGAUAAAAAAAGCAAUAAUAAUGCAUUUGUAGCCUUACAGGGCAUUUGUUUAUUAUAUGGGGUCAGUGACCCCUAUUUGAAAGCUGGAAAGAGUCAUAAGAAGGCAAAU